ACCUUUUAUUGUAUUUCAGAUUUAACUUGAUAAUUGGAUUGACAUUAGUAGCUUCUCUCCUACUCGUAUCAUUUACACAAUACAACUCGGAUACUUUUUUAAAUGUUCCAAAUCUGGAGAAAGUUAUAUUUGAUAUUCAACAUAACCGACUUUCACAUGUCAAUCCGUUGAAUGAUUUCAACGAGAAAUAUAUCUACAAGAUAAAUCCUGCCAAAUCAAUGAGUAAAACUACAGGUCGAGAUUCCUUGCAAUUGUUAUUUAUAGUAAAAUCAUAUAUUUUAAACUUUGGCCAACGAAUAGCUAUACGUCAGACAUGGGGAGGUAGGACAUCACUUCGAUCAAAAACUGUUUUUAUUAUUGGAUACCUUGAUGGAAUUAAUCAUUUGAUUAAAAAAGAAUCAAAACAUUAUAAAGAUAUUGUUCAACUUAACGUUUCAGAUCAGUAUGACAAUGUAGUUUAUAAAACGAUUUAUUCUCUCUUAUGGUUAUCGCACGGCAAUACAGAAGCUGAAUUCAUCUAUUUUGUGGAUGACGACCGUUUAGUCAAUCCGAUAAACAUUUACGAUGUUGCAACUAACAACAUUGGAUCAGCAGAAUUGGUAAUGGUAGGCUAUAAACUUGAUGCAGUGAGACCAAGUCGACAUAAAAGUUCCAAAACUUAUCUUUCAUCCAAAGACUAUCCAUUUUCUUUUUUCCCGCCAUAUAUAAUUGGAGGAACUAUUUUGACAAAUAUUAAAACUGUAAGAAUGUUAGCAAUUGCAAUAUCAUUUCUUAAGGUUAUUCCAAUAGAAGAUGCAUAUAUUGGAAUAGUAGCAAAAUCGGUCAAUAUCAAAUUCAAACAUCAUCAUAGGUUUUUACCGUUUAAGCAGUCACCAUUUACCUUGUGGAACACGGCGUCAUCUCCUGGUUAUGAAACGACGUAUAGUCUACUUAUGGAUUGGCAUUUGAUAAGGACAAUGAACAGCUGAAUAUAAACAGUAAAUACAGUAAUACAAAAUGUAUCAUAUGUCUUGAAUGUUUUGAAUUAUUUAACACAAAAAAAUGAAAGCGCAAAGCAAAAAAUGUAAAUGUCUUUUUCAUGUGAAUAUAGGCUUGAAAAACAGAUAUAUCAGAAGGAGUGUUUGGAAUACAUAUUCUAAACUAGUUUUGGAAUAAAACGGUUUUCUAUCAGCCGUUUUUUUUUUUUUUUUAAGAUACAUAUUGUAUUUUAUUGUCUGUGCACAUACUGUUAUUGUACAUUAAAGAGAAAGAAUACAUAAAUAAUGUACAAUGGCUACAUCGAUUUCUUAAAACAGUGAUACAGAUAUAUGCCCGAAUAGCUUUAAAACAUGUUUUAUGUAUGCAUUGUAUAUAAAUAAACUCAUCAUAGAUA